AUGGCCUCCCUUAUCACUCCGCUGGCCAAUAGCAGGGCUAAGUCAUGGUGCCUAACAGUAAUGCCCGUGCUCCUGUGCGGGGAGUACAGCCUACCCUUCGUCUGCCACCAUCGCGAAAGCCUGCAAGAGGUUCAAACCAAUGACCUCCGCAUUUCGGGGCUCGUGACAUUACCGUCAUGCUUCGGGACAGCAAGAAAAAUGACUGGUGCGGAGCACACACAGGAUAAGUCAUUAUUCCAGGAAUUAUUUAAGUAUUGGUGCUCAACUCGGAGCUCUUGUCCUGUGAUACAGCUUUGUGAGAGCAGCCCAUUCAUCAUCAGGAUCAUUUCUUUGCAGCUUUGUGAGAGCAGCCCAUUCAUCAUUAGGGUCAUUUCUUUGCAGUUCUCCAUGUCAGGAAACGUCAUAUACCACGAGUCCUAUUACAGGGGGCCAGGCUAUCCUCCAAAAUGUGACGUCUGUGACCAAUACAUCCCAGCAAAUGCAGCUGGCCUAAUUGUGUACAGAGUUCAUCCUUUUUGGGAGCAGAAAUACUGCCCUGAACAUGAACGCGAUAACACGCCUCGCUGUUGUAGUUGUGACCGCAUGGAGCCAAGGAAUGUACAGUACAUUUCAUUAGAGGAUGGUCGGAAACUAUGUCUUGAGUGCUUGGAUUCUGCAAUUAUGGAUACACAUGAAUGUCAGCCACUUUACUUUGAAAUCAGGGACUUUUAUGAAGGGAUGAAUAUGAGAAUAAAUCAGCAAAUCCCUAUGUUGCUUGUUGAGCGGCAAGCAUUGAAUGAAGCGAUGGAAGCAGAAAAGGAUGUAAAUCACAUGCCAGAAACUAGAGGAUUGUGCUUGUCAGAGGAGCAAAUUGUCAGCACCAUUUUAAGAAGGCCAAGGAUUGGAGGGAAUCGUAUUUUCGACCUAUUUACUGUAGCCCGACAGCUGACUCGAACAAGCGAAGUCACAGCCAUUCUCGUACUGUAUGGUCUUCCUAGAUUAUUAACAGGUUCAAUUCUGGCUCAUGAGUUGAUGCAUGGAUGGCUGCGUCUCAAUGGUUUCCGUAAACUCCCCCCUGACGUUGAGGAGGGUAUUUGCCAGGUGCUCGCCCAUAUGUGGCUUGAAGCAGAAGUCGUGGCGGGAUCAAGUAGAAAUGGAGCAUCAUCAUCAUCGGGAUCCUCCUCCUCUUCCUCUUCAAAAAAGGGAGUCAGAUCAGCAUUUGAGAAAAAACUCGGGGAUUAUUUUGUGUAUCAAAUUGCAAUGGACCCCUCACCAGCUUAUGGCGAAGGGUUUAGGGCUGGUUAUGCAGCCAUGCUUCAAUAUGGUUUACGGCGUACUUUGGAUCACAUUCGAUUAACAGGCAAUUUUCCCUAAGAUUUCAUAAUUCAAGUGUAGCUUAUUGUGGAUACUAUAUGCUGCUUCUCAAGUAGUGACUAUUGUUAUCAUUCCGAUUAAUAAUAUGAAAUAUGGUGUAUUAGUUCUAUAAA